AUUUACUUUCAUUGUUGCAUCAUCCUCCGCCUCCAAUUUAAUAGUUUUCGUUAUUAGUUAAAUAAAAUCCCUUGCGGUUUGCCGGUUCAUCUUUGCCGAUAAAUCCGGGAUCGUUCUGCCACCGACCAACGCCGGAUUCGAUGGCCACCGGCGUCAUCUCCCAGCAGUCAUUGUUCCUGGCCCUCUCCUCUUCCUCCUCUUGUCCAUCGUCGUCGUCUUCGUCGAAGCCCCCGACCAGGGCGGCUAUCCCAUCGCUGCCUUUGUGCUCCUCCCGCCGCCUCUCCAUCUCUUCCCCCAAGGGAUCCAACAGAAGGAGCCGGGAUUCGUACGUCGUCGCCGCCUCGGCCUUGGCCGAGGACCUCGAUGUCAUCCCCGUGCAGAGCAGCGACUCCACCGACCAGCAGGACGGCGUCAUCCCCUCCGCCGGGAGGGAGCAGCAGGAGGAGCAGCCCCUCGAGGGGCCUGGCAGCCAAGUCGGCGCCUUCGCUCUCGAGAGCGGGGGCAGAAUCCUCGGUGGCGGUGGAAGCGGCGGCGUUGGUUUAUAUUCCGAGUUACAGGACGAGGAGGACGUUGAGAAGUCGGUGGACAGGACUAUCAACGCUGCAAUUGUUCUUGCCGCCGGGACUUUCGCCAUCACCAAGCUUCUUACCAUCGACAGCGACUAUUGGCAUGGCUGGACGUUGUAUGAGAUACUUAGGUAUGUACCCCAACAUAAUUGGGCUGCCUAUGAGCAAUCUUUAAAAACAAAUCCAGUUCUUGCGAAAAUGAUGAUAAGUGGUGUUGUUUAUUCUCUAGGCGAUUGGAUUGCCCAGUGCUAUGAAGGAAAACCACUCUUUGAAUUCGAUCGUGCUCGCAUGUUCAGAUCAGGGCUCGUAGGAUUUUCUCUUCAUGGGUCACUUUCUCAUUAUUACUACCACUUCUGCGAGGCACUUUUUCCUUUCCAAGACUGGUGGGUUGUGCCUGCUAAGGUGGUGUUCGACCAGACUGCAUGGUCUGCCAUAUGGAACAGUAUCUACUUUGUAGCAUUGGGCUUCUUGCGUUUUGAAUCUCCGGCAAUUAUUUUUAGUGAAUUGAAGGCUACAUUUUGGCCCAUGUUAACUGCAGGGUGGAAGCUUUGGCCCUUUGCACACUUGAUUACUUAUGGUGUUGUUCCAGUUGAACAAAGACUUCUUUGGGUUGAUUGUGUGGAGUUAAUAUGGGUGACGAUCCUCUCAACGUAUUCAAAUGAGAAGUCUGAAGCAAGAAAUUCCGAAGUGACCUCGGAGUUGAAUACUAUACCAGCAUCCCAUGUCCCUGAGGAACUGAUAAAUAGCCAAGAAAGGUAGCUGUUCUUGUUGGAACGGAAUGCUGAUUAUGUCGAUUGCAUGUAUAGUGUGACAGAUGGAUACGAAGCCAGGGGGCUGCCUGUAGUCCCUUUCUAGCUGAUUGCAAUAUGGUGAUCUUAAUGCGUAUAUUCUCUUACUAUUUUUUUUUUUUGUUGUGUUGGGUUGAUUUCCCCCUCUUUGUUAUCCAUUGUUUUUCUUUAUUGUAAUGACAAUUGCGCGAAGUAAUGCAGAGAAGCAGGUCUUGAUUAA